UUCAACAUAAACAACAUUCCUUCUGCUUCAUUUGCUUUCAUUUAGAAACAGGUUUUGUUGGAACAAACAAGCAGAAAGUCGACAAAGUGAAGCUGAUGAAAUGGCCGCUUCAGCUGAUAUUUCCAACUCAGCACUGAGCCGCCCUGCUACAGAACUGAGGAUUGUGUUGAUAGGAGGAAGAUUCGAUUACCUUUCCAGCGGUAAAAGCUCAGCUGGAAACAUCCUCCUGGGUCACAAUGUUUUUGACACCAGCAGAAGAACAGCUCAGAGUGAAGCGAGGCAGCAGGAAGUACUCGGCAGACGACUCACAGUGGUUGAUACUCCAGGAUGGUGUUGGACUUAUCCAAGAGAAGAAACCCUAAAACUGGAUCAGAUAGAAAUCCAGAAUAGUGUCCAUCUGUGUCCCCCAGGACCUCAUGUCUUUCUGCUGGUCAUUCCUGUUGGUUCACAUUUCUUUAAUCUCAUCAAUCUCUCUCUAGAGGAACACCUGGAACUUUUCAAAGCAGAUGUUUUCAGUCACACCAUCGUGCUGUUCACUGCAGUCGACCCAUGUAGUGAUGAAACCAUUAAAUCUGAAAUCAGAGAAUGUCCAGUCCUGCAAUGGAUCCUUCAACAAUGUGGAAACAGAAAACAUGUUCUCAAUAUCAGCAACAGAGAAGAUAGAGAUCAAGUCAAGAUGCUUCUAGAGAAAAUUGAGGCGAUGAUUGAACAGAACAGGGGCAGACACUGUUCUGUUGAUGAAUCUGAUGGAAAUGCUCUGAGAGAGAGACUGAAAGAUUUGGUUAAAAAAGCCUCAAAAAGGUUUGAUGAAGUUCAGAAACAAAGAAGAAACCUGAAGCUGCAGAUUGAAGGUGGAAAAGUUCCUCCAAACCAUUUGAGAAUAUUAAUGAUUGGUGAUUCAUGGGCUGGAAAGAGCUCAGCAGGAAACAUCAUUCUUGGAAAAACUGCAUUUGGUGUGAAUGAAAGUGUUGGAAGAAAGACAACAGGCAGUGAAAUUAGCCACAGUGUGGUUGAAGGAAGGCGGCUCACAGUGGUGGAUUCUCCUGGAUGGUUCUACAUCCACACCCUUCAGGACACCAGUGAGAUGGACAAAAUGGAAAUAGAGAACAGUGUGAAUCUCUGUCCUCCAGGACCACAUGCUGUGCUGCUGGUUAUUACUCUGGUGAUCAGCUUUGAUGCAUCAUAUCUGAGAUCUGUCCAGGAUCACAUGAGUCUGUUUAGAGAAGAAAUCUGGAAACACACACUGGUUCUGUUUACUUAUGGUGACUGGUUAGGAGUGAAGACUGUGGAGGAGCAUAUAGAGAGUGAUAAAGGUCUGCAGUGGAUAGUGAACAAGUGUGGGAACAGGUAUCAUGUUCUGAACAACAACGACCACAGUGAUAAGACUCAGGUAAAGGAGCUCAUUGAGAAGAUUGAAGAGAUGUGGGCAGGAAAUGAAGAUCCUCAUUAUGAAGUGGACCUGGACCGAGCAGCACAGAUAGAAGCCAAGAUGGAGGCUGCAGACAAGGAAGCCAGAAGGUUGAAGGAGAUCAACGAGAGACAGUCAAGAGUCCUGAAAGAGGUUUAUGAAGCUGAGAGAGAUCCAGUCACUGACAUCAGGAUUGUUCUGGUUGGACAGAAAUGUUCAGGAAAGAGUUCAGCAGGAAAUCGGAUCCUUUUCAAGGAGAAAUUUAACAGAACCUUUGAGAGAGCUUGGUUGGAAAAGAACUAUGAAGAUCAGAGAACAUCUGCAACAUGUGAGAAACAUGAAGGAGACUUUGAUGGAGUAAAAGUCUCAGUGGUUGAAACACCAGGCUGGUUCUCAGACCCAACACCACCUGACUGGAUCAAAGAUGAAGUUCUCCACAGUGUCUCCAUGUUUUCUCCUGGACCUCAUGUUUUUCUCCUGGUUGUUCCAAUCUUCAGAGCUUUCUCUGAGAAAGAUCUCAAAGCUCUGGUGGAGGUCCUGAUGCCAUUAACAGAGAGAGUGUGGAGACACUGCAUGGUGCUGUUUACCUUUGGAAACUGGCUCAAUGGCCUCCCUGUAGAGAACUACAUCGUCAGAGAGGGCAAGGAGCUCCAGGAGCUUCUGGAGAAGUGUGGGAACAGAUACCAUGUUCUCAGCAGCUUUGAUUAUGAUGAUCCUGUUCAAGUCAAAGAGCUGUUCCAAAAAAUUAUCAACAUGGUAAAACAGAACAAAGGAUGCUUCACGACUGAAGGAAAAAGAAAGAAUUUUCAGUUUCUACCUUUGCAAGAAAAACAACGCAUGCUGAUGGAAGAGGAGUGGAACAGACGGGAGCAGGAGCUGAUGGAGAGAAUGAUGAAAGCUUUAGAAAAGGAACCAGAGAAACCAACAGUGCCCUCUGUGGAGGUGGCAGAGAGCAAGGAUGGGUUUUUAAUUCCAGACAUGAGCGGAGAUGUUUCCUCAGAAUAUGGGAGCAUUUCAGAGAUUAGGAAGCGACAAGCUCAUAACAACGUUGCUGAAUGGCUGGCUAAGAGAGUGAGACAGUCUGAGAUCAGCUCUGGGAUUGGCAGCAUUUGUUCCUCAGUCAGUUAUAUGGAGAAACAUGAUGAAGAUCUCCAAUAGAUUAAAAAAAAGAUUAAUUCAUUCUCACAGAGAAUAAAGAAGAUCCUCUGAACAUUUUCUCCAAUCCUUUAACUAAACACAGGAACUCUUGUUCAACCAAAAAGCUACUGCAGAAAUUAAAUGAUGGAAUCUAAAGGAGAACACAGGAUGGAAUAUGAAAAUAUAUCAGCUUGGUGCUACAUGAGACCUAUGUUGGUCUAAACACUGUAGAUCACAUUUUUAAAGUCCUGUAAUGUUCUGGGUUCUUUUGCUGCCAAAAAUAUGUUCAUGUGUGCUUUCACAUGCCAGUGUGUCUAUAUAAGAUGUGGGUGUAAUGUGUUUAUGUAAAGGAAGCUGUAUAUGUGGUGGGUUUAUGUGUACAUAUCAGAUUUAUAUGUUGUUUCCAUAUGCUGUACGUUUAUAUAUUCUGUCAAUGUGAAAUAUGUGUAGAUCAUGAGUUUUUCUCUUUAUCCUCAUGUCAGGUUGUUUAACCGUGUUGUUGAAUCUGUCAUCUUUUCCUGAUGUCAUUUAUCCUCUCAUAUUUACCUGCCAUCCUCUUUGUUGUUGGACUUGUUUGUUGGAUGGUGAAUUGCUGAAGAUCUUUUAACAGGCUUUUCUUUUUCCAAUGUAUUUUUUUUUUUAUUAAAACUUGGAAAGAUCUGAAGGAUUUAAGGAAAAAACACAUUUAA